AGAGCCUUUCUAUUCACGCCAUUUCUGACUUGUUGUCUACACUAGUACAGACUACAGAGUCUCAGUGUUCUUCACUCUCAUCUCUUCUGGUCCUGGUCUACGUCUUUGGUUCUUCUUCUCUUUCUUUCGGAGAAAGUGAUUGGCAAGAUGAGCUCAAGAAGGGCAUCGUCGUCGUCGUCAUCAAACAAGGGUAAAGCUGUAGUAGAUAGUUUUGAGCAGCUGAGCAAUAGUGUCGAAGGCCUUUCUAUUGAGUCAUCGCAGGACGACGGAAAGUGGGAGGAGGUGAUUACCAAGAAAUCCAAGAACAGAGCUGGAAACAAUGCUGCCAAACAAUGGCCUUCUCAAAAUAACAAUUCUAAUGCUUGGAUUAAGAAACCUGCUAUCGGAGGAAACUCAAGGCAUUUGUCGUCCACUCCCCAGCCUUACCACAAGGCCUCUCAACCUCAACCUCAACCUGCUAUUGCUCCGCCGCUACAACAUGGUUGGAACUGGCAAUCCAGACCUGCUAAUCAACAGCCUGCAGACACAACCCCUGUAACGAAUCCUUCUGAUGACGAGGAUGACAAUAAAGAUGAGACAUAUGAUGACGAUGAUGAAUCUGAAGAUAUGGAGGAUUUCUCGGACGAUGAUGAGUUUGACUCCGAUUCGAGUGAAAAGAGCCAUGAAACUCUUAAGAAGAUGAAAUGGUUUGCUAAAUUUUUCAAGAUCAUUGAUGAACUGAAAGUAAACGAGAUUAAUGAUCCUGAUAGGCAAUGGCACUGCCCAGCGUGCCAAGGUGGUCCUGGCUCCAUUGAUUGGUACAGGGGCUUGCAGCCCUUAAUGACUCAUGCCAAAACAAAAGGGGGUGACAAGAUGAAACUUCAUAGAAAGUUCGCUGAAAUUUUGGAGGUGGAGUUGCGAAAUAAAGGAACUUCAGUUGUACCUCCUGGUGAAACAUUUGGUAAAUGGAAAGGAUUACAAGAUGAGGAGAAAGAUCAUGAGAUUGUCUGGCCUCCUAUGGUCCUUGUCAUGAACACUAAGUUAGAACAAGAUGAUAAUGACAAGUGGAUUGGAAUGGGUAAUCAAGAGCUUCUUGAAUACUUUAACUCCUACCAUCCGGCAAAGGCUCGACAUGCAUAUGGUCCACAAGGCCAUCGUGGGAUGAGUGUUCUAAUAUUUGAGUCAUCAGCGAGGGGUUACUUGGAGGCCGAACGGCUCCAUAAGCAUUUUGUAGGGCAUGGAUCAGAUAGGGAUGCUUGGAAUCGUCGCAAUCGUACAUUAUUUUUACCUGGUGGGAAGCGCCGACUUUAUGGCUUUCUGGCUGUUAAAGAAGAUUUGGAUGUAUUUAACCAACAUUCCCAAGGAAAGGCUAAGCUGAAGCAUGAGAUGAGAUCAUAUCACGAAACGGUCGUGACCGAGAUUAGACAAAUGAGCGAGGACAAUCAACAACUUGGCUAUUACAAGGACAAAUACAGCAGAGAACAAAGGCAUGCUAAAGCUCUUAAAGAAUCUUUUGAUGUGGUUUCUAAUAAGCUGCGCAAGACAAUUGCGGAAAGUCGUAUUGUGAGACAUAGGACCAAGAUGCAGCAGGACGAGAACAAAGAAGAGAUGAUCUUGCAAGAAGAGUUUUUCAAGGACCAACUGAAGAUUAUCCAUGAUUCAAGAGAUGUCAAAGAGGAAAAUUUUGAGAGGCUGCAACAGGAAGAACGUGAAAAGGUGAAGGUGUCCAAAUCCAAGGCCAAGACUUCAAAUAAUGCAGUUGAGACUGGAGCUGAAGAAAUUUCCAAGUUUGUGGAAUUACAAGAGAAAGAAAUGGAGCAAUAUGUGGAGGAGAGGGAGAAGCUAGAAAAAGCUCACGAAGAGAAGAUUAAGGAAAUGAAAAAAAGACAUUGGGAGGAGGAAGUACAACUUGAGGCGGAGCUGAACGAGAAAUUGGCUCAUCUUAUGGAGAAAUACUCUCCCAAAGAGUGAUUCAUUCGUUGUAAACCACCAUAUACAACUGAAAAAGAUGUUCAAAUAUAUUGGUGCCAAAAUCUUGCUUCAUGUGAACUCACCGAUUUCAAUCUAAAUAGGUCGACGCAAAUGUUUUUAUUAUUAAUGACUUUUUAAUGAGGGAUUAUACAGCUUGGUCCUUUACUCUUUACUAUGAGAAACCAAUUGAUCAUGUUUUGUAUCAGAAAAGAUGAGCUAUUAUGGUGUGAAGUUAGUAUGUAAUCUCUUUGGAGAAAUUUUCAUAAUUAUCAAAAUAUUAUGUAGGCGUGUGCUAUUCAUGGCAUCUUGACACAUGUAAAUAUGUAUUCUAAAUUUUCAUGGGUCCUUAUAAU